CCGCAUCAGGAUCGGGAAGCAUGGACGCCGGCUGGGAGCUGGGAGCCGCGGCGAGCCGCUCGCUGCUGCUGUGCGCCGCGCUGCUGGCGGCGGGCUGCACGCUGGGCCUGCGCCUGGGUCGCGGGCGGGGGCCGGCGGACCGCGGGGCGCUGGCCUGGCUGUGCUACGACGCCCUGGUGCACUUCGUGCUGGAAGGCCCUUUUGUCUACUUCUCUUUGGUGGGAAAUGUUGCCGAUUCUGAUGGCUUGAUUGCGUCUUUAUGGAAAGAAUAUGGCAAAGCUGAUAAGAGAUGGCUUUAUUUUGACCCAACUAUUGUGUCUUUGGAAAUUCUGACGGUUGUCCUUGAUGGGGGUCUGGCAUUGCUCCUCAUCUAUGCUAUAGUCCGGGAGAAGUAUUAUCGGCACUUCGUGCAGAUCGCCCUGUGCGUGUGUGAGUUGUACGGCUGCUGGAUGACCUUCUUCCCAGACUGGCUGCUCGGGAGCCCCAACCUCAACACCAGCCACUGGCUCUACCUUUGGGUCUAUCUGGUGUUCUUUAACGGUGUGUGGGUUCUCAUCCCAGGCCUGUUACUGUGGCAGUCGUGGGUGGAGCUCAAGAGGAUGCAUCACCGAGGAGCCACCGUAGGGAAAAAGGUUCGGUGACUUCACAGGCAUAAACCCUGUCGUGCUGUCAUAAACCUGGUCGCACUUCUGUAUGAGCCAGAGUGGGUCCGAACUCUUGAUUUGGCUGAAGCAUCACAACACAUUCCAGUCUUCACUUUCUUGUUCCUGAAUGACCUUAUUUCUUAUUCCUGAAUGACCUGUUUCAGGUUAUUUAUAAGGUGGCAAAUUUUUGUUGUUUGUUUCUGUUUUUACUUUUUAAUCAAAUGGCACUAUAAGGAAAAGAGUGAAUUUUAACUUGUACUCAUAAUAUGUUUAAAUUACAUUUUUAUGGCUGGUUUUAAUCAUUCCCUAUUAAUGAAACCGAUUAUCCUAGAAUACCAUACAGUGUGUUAUAGUAAUUUUUUUAUUUCAAAUAACAUGUUGUUUCUUCCUCCUUUAACAUACUCAGGAGUCCUUUUGGACAAUUUGUAUAAAACCAGAAAUAAAAAGAACGCUUCUGUUU